AUGAUAUUUGGAGAAACUAUCGGACUGGACAAGACUGCAACGAACAAAGAAUGCAAACACUGUCUGUGCUAUUUCCUAAUGAAAUUGCUAGGAUUACAAGAUCCGGCCAGCCAGGACAAUCGGAUUUGGCCGUUGGUGCGUACAUUUGAUCUUCGGCUGAUUGUUAAGCCUGGUUACGCUGCUGCAUCAGCGUUACCGAACCGUACUUUUAGAAAUGAAAAAGCUGAAGCAGCGCGGGCAGUGUUCCCACCGGGCACGCCAUAUUUCAUACAGACAAGCAGCGCGGAUGUGCGUGGAAAAUUUGAUGAAAUCUGGUUAAACAACACCAUUGGUGUUAACGAAAAAUUCAAACGAAUGAAAGCACUGGCGCAACGGGAACUGAAUUUUUUGCAGUUGUCUGACUUCAAUUUCUGGCUUGAUGCAGUCCGCGAGCGGAUCGUACGAACAGAACAGCGAUUAGGCAAACUCUCAAAGGAAGCUCGCAGCAAAUUCAAUGAAAUCAAGGCGUUGCGUUUGAAAGAAGAAAAAAUCAUCCGAAAUUUGGAUCCGAAAAUUGCUUACGAACUUUCAGAGCUCAUUUAA